AUGGGGCAUCGGGACCGAAUGUUCAAAGUGCUGGUGGUGGGAGAUGCCACGGUGGGGAAAACAUCGCUGGUGCAACGCUACGCCAACGACAGCUUCAACCGGCACUACAAAUCCACAGUGGGGGUGGACUUUGCCCUGAAGGUCGUCCAGUGGUCGGAGUCGGAGACGGUGAGGCUUCAGCUCUGGGAUAUUGCAGGGCAGGAACGCUUCACGUCCAUGACCCGGCUGUACUACAGGGAGGCGUCAGCCUGCAUCAUCAUGUUUGAUGUCACCAACGUCAGCACCUUCAGCAACAGCCAGAAGUGGAAGCAGGACUUGGACAGCAAGCUGACGCUGCCUGAUGGGAGCCCAGUGCCGUGCCUGCUGCUGGCCAACAAGUGUGACCUUUCCCCGUGGGCAGUGACAAGAGAAGAGGUGGAUCGUUUCAGCAAAGAAAAUGGCUUUUCUGGUUGGGUGGAAACGUCCGUCAAGGACAACAAGAACAUUAACGAGUCUAUGAGAGUCCUGAUUGAGAAGAUGAUGUCCUCAUCCACGGGUGAUGGAAGUUCUGCUGCUUCCUGGAAGGGGGAUUAUAUUAAUAUCAAAGAGACGUCCCCGCCAGGCUGGGCGUGCUGCUGAUGCACUGACUGCACCACCUGCUUCUGUUCUCUACCCCUUUUGUUUGUUUGUUUGUUUUCAAAGAUAGUGAACUGUCCUCUCUCUACAUACAUUCAUCCUCACUAAGCAUUGCUGCAAUGGCUUGGAGGGAGGAAUGGAAAGGAGGGAGAAAAGGAGCUUGCUUUCUUCCAGCACAGCAGCAGUGGCAGCACGGUGCAGUCUGUGCCCAAGGCUGAGAUUGAUCUUUUAAAACAUUGAGCACUUUUCUUCAUCUUCUCCUGUAGGACAGCCUGUGUCACACAGGGUGAAGGACGUGGAACGUGUAUUUUUAAUGCUGUUGCACCUUUUAUUCCCCACAACCUGAACCCGAUCCACAGAGGCACCAUUCCGGAGUGCUGCAGUGACCUUCGUUUGAUGCACACGAAGUUGAAUUGUUCUCUCUGCUCCUGUGUGUUCCUGAGGUGGGAUUACAGCAAACCCACCAUUCUGUGCUCUGGAACUGCACUGGAGACCAAGGCAUCUCAGCAUUGUCAUCCAGCGUCCCUAAGGUGUGGAUUUGAGAUGCAGCACAGCCCUAAAUCACGUGUGUGCUGACUGUGGAGCUGAAAAGCACAGACCACAGCGUUGUCAAGCAUUGCCCAGUUGCCUUCUGUUCCUUGGCUCCUACCCUGUCUAGCACAAUCCUACGUGUUCUCUUCUGCUGCUGCUUUAUUAGGACAUUGGGAGCUGAAUGAGGAAUGGGUUGUAAACUCCUCUGUGUGACAGAACAACGGUUCUUUUCACUUUCAGCCCACCCUGUGUCCUCCCAUCUCACAAAGCUUUGCAAUUGCUGGUGAAUCGCCUUCGCACCGUUACGUGCAGUGACUUUGGUGGCAGGCAGGGUGCUGGAAGCCCACUGCUGGUUUAGUGCUCCAAAGGACAAGCAAAGGAAAAGACUUUGCAGGGCAAAUGAAAUGAAGAGAGCUGCUCCCCACUUGCUUUUUUGUGCCUGCUUUUCCUCGUGCAGCCCCCAGUUAUGCGGAGCUGUGAAUGGCUCUUGCCAACAACAAGCUGUAAGAGCACAUCAGAGUUAUCUUGCAGGGGUCCAAAGGAAGGCCAGUCUGCAAGGCUGCAGUCAUGCAGCACUGUGGGCACUUCUCAUCAGCGUGCCGUGCCACAGAAUCGUCCUGCCUGUGCUCAGGUUAGGAUUUAAAGAAGUGCUCUUCAGUAAUGUUUUCUCUUCUCCAAUAGUUUACAUCUCCCAGUGUGCCAAAAGAUUAAGACAGAAGAACUUUCCCUUAAGAGCAUCCACUGCCUGUGGCUGCAGAGCAAGAAUAGGAACUGAUUGCCUUCACUAAGCACCAACAGAAAAGCUGAGUUUUUGUUGUCUGAGCUUGAGAAAGAUGAGCUGUGAGUAAGGGCUAUGAAAAUCUACGCCUAAUGUUGUGUCCCAGACAUCUGGGGUAAGAUUCUGCUGUGCAAGUAUUGCCAAAUUCAGCCUUAUAAGCACUUAAAUAUUCCUUUCUCUGUGCCAUUGGAUUAACUGGAGAAACACAUGAAGUGUGUAGAAGUGGUUAGGAGCAAAAUUGAACUGUCUUGUUGUGUUUCACUUCCUAACCUGUCGGGAAAAGAAUAAAAAAUCCUAUAAAUGUUUUUAGAAAUAUGGGGAAAAGGGUCUGAUUUUUAAAAGGGUCUGUCAUGAAGCCAUGUGUUGUUCACUGAUUGCUGUGUGUGCUGUACUUGAGCAAAGGCCACGAGUUCGAGCUGCCCAUACAGGUGAAGGGGCUGAGGCUCACAGUGGAAAUCUCUGCUCAGGACCAACUGCUGCAGCCACAAAAGCUUGGAACUGAGCAGGAACUGCACAGCCAUGGUUUUCCUGCCAGCAUGCCAUGCAUCCUGCAGGAAAGCAUCUCAUGUCUUCUGUACAUUGGCUGGAUACAUACCAGUGUCUCUUUAAUAUCCAGACCUCUGAGUUUUCCUUAAGUGCUUCUCAGAAACAAGGAAAAGCCAAAGGAAGAUUAUACAUGACUCCUGUUCCAUUUGUUUUGAAAAUGACCUUUGGUUUCUCCUUUCUGCAAUGCUUUGACAUUGUACUCUGUGCGAUUCUGGGCAAACCAUACCUAUUUCACUCCAUUCCACGUGCUUCUCAUUGCUUAACUCUUUAAAUUUGUGGUCAUGGGUCUCAAAUGACAGCAAUCUGUGGAUCCACAUAGAAAUUUAUGCUGAAAUCAGAAAUAAUGAGGUCAAAAUUGAGUUUUUUUGUUUUUUUUAAACAGCUUGCAGUUAUGCACAAGUAUUUGAGAGACAGGGCUCUCCUUACUGUAACACUGCAGUAUUAUCAUGUUUAUACAAACAGAAGAAACUGCUGGGAGGUUUUUCUCCCUGUCAAUCCGUAACUGAAUGCAGCAUAGCAAAGGUCUGAAAUAAAGGAGUUUGACACUG